UCAGGACCGGUAUAAAAGAGCUUGGUGAAGCUGCUGGUCUUCACUCAACCACUGACGACCAAGAUGAAGUUCCUCGUGAUCCUCCUCUUCUUCAACGCCCUCACAUGGGCUGAGGAAACAGGCGAAUGUCAGUGCAUGGCCGCCCUCAAGUACCACAGUUCUCAUCCAACUUGUACAUUGUAUGAGAUGGCGCCCUUUGAGUCCGCUGACUGUAAUGAUGUUGAAACUUGUCAGGCAGAAUGUCAGAAGGAGUGGGAUGCAGUGACUAACGGAGGGGACCUGAACUACAUCCUGGACGACGGUACAGUGCUGGGCCAGAGUAUGUGUACCAGUCUGAAGGAGGAAGGCUACCACAACCUGCAGCCUUCAACCGUUUACCUCGCCUACAAUUUGUGUUCGGGAGGCUGGAAGGACGUGAGUAUUGCCAGCGACAUGCUUCUGUGUUGUGAAGGCGGCGUGUACCCUGGCGAGUGCUAGCCGAAGUCCUCCUCCUCCGUGAUGAGACUGAGGAUGUCCUAACUAUUUCUGACCCAAUACAGUUUGAUCUUAACCCUUGCUGAUGAAAAUAUACCUCAAUGCAUGUAAUCAGAUAUUAGUUAAGACAAAUAAAUUUGUUUUUAGCAAGAUUUA